AUGAUUAAUCCUUAGAUCACAGUAUUUAAUGUGUUCUUUCGGAAAUUAGAUUUUCUUUAGAAUUUCUCAUUUUAUAGGAAGCUCAAUCCAGAGAAGAGACAAAGAUUAGUUUCAAUUUGGAGAAGAGUGUUUCUGGCUUCUUAUUUUAUAGGAAUAAUGAGAUCUUUUUAAAAUAGAGUGAAGAUUUAUGGAGCAAUCAGAUAAGAUGAUCACAUGGAUUUGAUAGAGGACGAAGUUUUUAAAUCAAACUAAGAAGAAAAGAAGGUAUACGUAUUUUACCCAGAUGAACAAUUUAAAACUGUUUGGAAUAUGUUGUUGAUAUUUUUAUUAUUGGCCACUGCAGUCAUAACUCCAUUUAAAGUUUGUUUCAUUGAUUCUGGAAACGAAGGUUUUUGGUUUUGGGUGGAUGUUAUAUUUGAUGUUUUGUUCUUUGCCGAUAUAAUCAUCAACUUUUUGAGUGCAUUCUAUGAUGAGGAACAGAAAAUUGUCGACAAUUAUAGAUUGAUAGCCAAAUAAUAUUUGUAUGGAUGGUUUUCAGUCGAUGUCAUUGCAGUCUUGCCAAUUACCUAUUUUCUAGAUGACAAUACUGAUACCGCAGCCCUUAGAUACAAUAAAUUGCUGAGACUGAUUCGAUUGCCUCGACUCUAUAGAUUGCUAACUUGA